AUGGGCACAGAAAACCAAACCUAUGUGACUGAAUUCAUCUUGGUGGGCCUGUCUUCAGGCCAGAGGGCCCAGAUCCCGCUGUUUAUGGUAUUUCUUGUCAUCUACCUGCUGACUGUGUUUGGGAAUCUGCUUAUCAUAGCGCUAAUUCACACUGACUCUCGACUUCAUACACCAAUGUAUUUCUUCCUUAAAAACCUGUCAUUUACUGAUCUCCUUUUCUCUACAACAAUUGUCCCCCAGAUGCUAUUCCAUUUGCUGGUAACAAGAAAGACGAUUUCCAUUGCUGGGUGCUCGAUUCAGAUGAUUUUUUCCCUAGUGGCAGGGUGCACAGAAAGUUCCCUGCUGGCGGUGAUGUCCUAUGACCGCUAUGUGGCCGUCUGCAAGCCCCUGCGCUACGCCACCGUCAUGACCCAGAGAGUUUGCGUUCAACUGACCGUGGGAUCUUGGGCCAGUGGGGCAUUUGUAUCUCUAGUAGAUACGACAUUUACUUUAAGUCUCUCAUACCAUGGCCAGAACAUGAUUAAUCAUUAUUUUUGUGAACCUCCAGCGCUCUUGAAGUUGGCUUCAGAAGAAACAUCCAAAGCUGAGAUGGCCAUCUUCGCAAUGGGUGUGGUGAUCCUCCUUGGUCCUCUCUCCCUCAUCCUUUUCUCCUACUGGAAUAUUAUCUCCACGGUGAUUCAGAUACACGUAGGGGAGAGGAAGCUCAAGGUCUUUUCUACGUGUGGUUCUCAUCUCAUCGUUGUUGUCCUCUUCUACGGCUCAACAGUAUUUACCUAUAUGCGUCCAAAUUCCACACAGAUGAAGGAGGGGGAUAAGGUGAUCUCUGUGUUCUACUCAGUCGUAACGUCUAUGAUGAACCCAUUCAUUUACAGCCUAAGGAACAAGGACGUUAAGGAGUCGUUCAGGAAAGUACUUGGAAGAUAG